AUGCGUCGAUGGAGACCACCAAAGACUCACGGGAAAGAGAGAGUAGUGGGGAAAAUGUUUCUUGGGGGGGCAGGUCAGUGUAAUUCACGAGGUAGAGGAUUUAUCACGAGAAAGAAGGUCCGGGUGUUGGAUACGAGUCACUGGAAUUAUAACUCAAUGCAGAGCUCACAGAUGUUGACGACGGGGGAAGUUUUGUUUAUCUGUAGUACUUGUUACUGUCGUUCGUCACGUGACUCCAGAUCGCGGCUGGGUAUUCUUUUUAACGAAACGGGAAGCAACAGAAGGACCCCAUGGGAAGAGAAGCGGGAAGAGGGGCGGGAAGAGGGAUUUCCCAUGGCAAAGAGCCGAAUAAACGUCUGUCUUUUCACGCACCGAGGAGGGGCUUUUGUUUUUGAAAAAACACGUAUAUCACUAGAUACGAAAUUGUUUUGGCGUAUAUCUGUCAUCGAUUGUAGAGAGUCUGUUUUUGAGACCCUAAUUCUUUUGAAGCUUGAGGGAUAG